CUUUCUUCCUCCACAAUAUCUUUGGCAUAUGGUCAGAGUGUAUGGUGUUUGGUAUAUAUGUUUUGUGGUGGGUAAAAAAGCGGGGCGGGCGAAAGUAAAUCAUAUCAAGUGAGCUUUCGGUGGUGGCUUUACCUUUGUAUAAAAGCCAUCGUCCAUACUCACACUCCAUUCAGUGUCUCUUGGGCUCACAAGUAGCCUCCUUCUCACCUGUGGACACCAUCUGGAUUUGUUCGGCUCCACACUCCUCGCAGUGUCUCAUUUGAAAUACUUUUUUUCUUUGGAUUAUUCGUUUAACCACAAUGAAAUCUCUGGUGUGUCUCGUUGUGGUGGCUCUUAUUGUGGGAGCUCAUGCUGCUGAUGAGAAGAAAGUGGAGAAGAAGCAGGAAAAACGUGGAAUCUUCCAUGAUUUCGGAGGUCAUGAUUUUAGUGGGCAUGAUUUUGGUCUAGGCGGAGGUUAUGGGGGACAUGAUUUCAGCAGUGGUGGCGCCUAUCAUGAUGAUCACCAUCAUCAUGUUAAAACUGUAACUUUGGUGAAAAAUGUGCCAGUACCCUAUCCUGUUGAAAAGCACAUUCCAGUGCCAGUUGAGAAGCACAUUCCAGUUCCAGUUAAAGUACCAGUGCCACAACCCUACCCCGUGGAGAAGGUUGUCCACUAUCCCGUCAAGGAGAUCGUCAAGGUGCCCGUACAUGUGCCCCAGCCCUAUCCUGUUGAGAAGAGAGUGCAUUAUCCCGUUCAUGUGCCCGUUGACCGACCUGUACCUGUGAAAGUGUACGUGCCACAGCCCUAUCCCGUUGAGAAGCACGUUCAUGUGCCCGUGAAAGUGCCCGUCCCUGCCCCAUACCCAGUUGAAAAGAGGGUUCCAGUUCCCGUGAAGGUACCAGUUCAUGUACCCCAACCCUACCCAGUUGAGAAGAUUGUUCACGUGCCCGUCAAAGUGCCCGUUGAUCGUCCAGUGCCCGUUCAUGUGCCAAAACCCGUCCCAGUGCCCGUUGAGAAACAUGUCCCCUACCCAGUCAUCAAGAAAGUCCCCGUUCCCGUUCAUGUUCACGUUGACCGACCUGUUCCCGUGCAUGUGGAGAAGCCCGUUCCAGUUCACGUAAAGGUUCCUGUACCCCAACCAUAUCCAGUUGAGAAGCACGUCCCUGUGCCAGUUGAGAAGCUCGUCCCCUACCCAGUCAAAGUGCCCGUUGUAGUUCACCAUGAGGAUCACCAUCAUGGACACCAUGAUUUCAGUAGUUCAGGGCAUGGCUUCAGUAGCUACGGACACGACUAUCAUGAUCAUCAUGGAUACUAAACUCAUAUCCAGGAAUUGGGUGCAAAGGAGCAACCAAGGCAGGAAGAGAGUGAAAAUUAUUUAGUAAAAAUUGUUGUGAUAAUGCCCUAAAACUACAUUCUUUUCACUCGAAAUCUCUCAUUUCUUCUUCUUCAACUUUCAGCUUUCUCCUCUUUCACUAAGCUUUGUUCUAGGUCCUACUCUAUCGUGAUAGUUCGCAUACGUGGUGUCCGGAACGGAAAAGCUCAACUUGAUAAUGCCUGGGGUGGAAUGAUAACUUUUCGACAUUAUCGAAUCGAUAGUAUCGAUAAAUCUAUAUCUGUUAGAUUAAGUCAAUGUCGACUUUUUACGCAUUGUUGGGCCACUCAUUGUGACAUUCUUUAAAGAAUGCGACUGUUGAUAAAUAUCUAUAUCAACUACAGGAAGUACAGCUAUCGUUUAAACUUUUCAGAAUCGACAGUCGAUAGUAUCGAAAAUAAGUUAUCAUGUCACCCCUGAUAUUUGAUUUUAGAUACAUUUUUCUGAUAUUUCAAAGACUAAAAGUUUGUGGUUUCGGAUCCAGGCAUCACGUUUACGGAUUUCACUUUAACCUUUACUUUCUCAGUGCUACAAAUUAUUGUAUAAUUGUAGGAUCUUACCAUUAAGGAUUGAAACGCAACCAGCUUUCAAACUCAAUGAAUAUUAUUACUGGGUUUCAAGGAUUGGACAAAGAGCACAAUUUUAUCUGAGCUUUGCGAGUAAACUGACGUACAAAAAAAAGUGACAGCAAAAAUGGCAGAUAAACGGUCUUUUUGAAUUUUCCCAAUGAAAACCUCUAAUUUUUAGCAUUAUGUCGUACAGAUGAAUUCAGGAGAAAGGAAAUAAAAAAAAACAUUUCAUGUGCCUCCUUCACGAUUUUCUUGAAGGUUACCCCAAUACGCAAUUUUCGAUGGUGUGACCCACAAAGUUUGUUUUUGUUUGUUUUUUUUUUUGUAAAUCAAAAAACAAGAUAAACUGCAACACCUUGAUAUUGCUUGAAGAUUAUGUACCUUAAUUAGAUGCGAAAGAGAUCAUUUUGUAUUAAAGAAAAAAAAUGGAAUAAAUUGAGAUGUAAUAAAGUUUAAAAAGAAAACUCA